AGCGUGCCUCUGUUUUUUGCCUGUACGUUUUUUUUUCAAAGAAAUUACAAGCCAUAUUCUUGUUUUUUGUCUUCUGCUGCUGUUGAAGAUACUUCCAGAAUUAUCCAAAUCCGGGGCCAGACACAGAGGAAGCUGCAGACUUGUUCCUCUAGAUCAACUAACAACUUCCGGUUCUGUUGUUGUGAGCUAAGAAUUAUCAAAGUCGAUAGCUGAUAGCGCCAGCAAAUCAUUGUUUUCCGUCGAUUCCCUGCUCAAAAGUAGACAAUUGUGACACGGGAUCAUGGCCGACGCAGACGACGAACCAACCAUUCCCCGGGCCGCUGUGAAUAAGCUGAUCAAGGAAUUGUUGCCAAAUACCCGUGUUGCGAACGAUGCCAGGGAACUGGUAUUGAACUGCUGCACCGAGUUUAUCCAUCUGAUAUCAUCAGAAGCAAAUGAGAUAUGUAACAAUCAGAUGAAGAAAACCAUAUCACCCGAACACAUCUUAGCAGCUUUAGAAAGUCUUGGGUAUGGCUCAUAUCUGGAUGAAGUGAAGUCAGUACUUGAAGAGUGUAAAACAGUUGCUGCAAAGAAAAGAAAAGGAAGCACCAGAUUAGAAAAUUUAGGAAUUCCUGAAGAAGAACUACUUAGACAACAACAAGAAUUGUUUGCAAAGGCAAGACAGGAACAAGCAGAAAUAGAACAACAGGAAUGGCUCCAAUUACAGGCUGCUCAGGCAGCACAACAACAACAACAACAGACGGCAGGCUCUGUAGGCAACAAUGCACUGGGAGAUGAUACUAACGACAUUGAUGAAGAUAAAGAUGGAGAUGAUGAUUAGAUAUAACCGUUGACCCAAUAUUGCUGGUUUAACAUAAUAACUCCAAAGUUUUGCUCCCUCUGUAAAAAUCAACCUCUGUAUGAGGAAUUUCCGUAAUUUGUUGUCAUGUCAAAUUUUAACCAAUCACAGAAUUGUGCAUUUCUUGGUUUUCUCCAAAUAUUGGACAUCUUAGAUUUUCGUUUGUGAACCUUUGUUUCAACACUAAUUCAGGCUUCAACUAAUGAGAACAAACAUCUUUGAGGGAUGCUAUGCGUUGGUGGAAGAAUUAAAACGUAACUCAUCAAUCAUCAUCUGGACCAAGACGUACACACAAUAAUUUUCUUUGGAAAGUUCUACCAGCAAUAUUUAUUAUUCAGUUAUGGUUAUGGUUCCAGUCAAAAAAUAUAAUUUCAUUGGAUUGCUAUUAAAUAUAUAUAAAAGUCAAAUUUAUAUCAUAGAUGAAGGUUUUUUGAACACUCCAUCGAUUCUGUAUCAGGCUUAGAUCCGCCAUGUUUUCUUUGGUAUGAAUUGACAAUACAACUGUAUUCUUAGACAUGAUAGGUCAAGAUUAUGAAGUGGUACUGCCAUCAAUUUCCGACAUGUUCCAAAUAUUAACAUAUGCAUUGUUAAAGUGAAAUCAGUAUGGAAGUCUCAGUUAAACUACGAAAAGCCAAUAGCAUUUUUGAACUGGAAAAUUGAGUAUUGAAAAUAAAUGAGUAUUUAGCGGUUUUCAUGAUGAUGAUAAUGUAUUUCACCUACUCACACAAUUAAUCAUGUUUCUUCUUAAUUUGUAUUUUC